AUGUUUGGCGGUGGCAGCAAGUGCGAACAGAAUGGUGUAUCGCGGCGUUGCAGGAAUCCGGAAGCGGUCCAGGAGCACCUCUGUAAGUGCUUCGACGCAAUCAGCAAAGUCACUUUCACCGAGGACAAGAAGAAGGACAUCGUCGACAUGAACGACAUGAUCAAAGAGAAGGUUCACUUCGUCAGCCCAGUGCAGACAAUGGGCUCUCCGGUCGAGCGGUGGCUCGGCCAGAUCGAAAUGCGCAUGGUGGAGAGCCUUCAAGCUCUGACGAAGGCCUCGAAACUUCGCGGCCCAUGCCCUGAAGAUGGCAUCGUCCGGAAGGAUUGGCUCUUCGGGCCCUUCCCCGCGCAAGCCGCCUUGGCCGUCGACCAGAUCAUGUGGACGAAGUGCGCGGAAGACGCGCUGAACCUCGUGGAGAAGGGAAACCAACAGGCCCCUGUGAAUUGGCCCCUUCUUUUGUCGACGAGCUUUUUGCACAGCGUCGAACUCGUGCGCUUGGAUCUGACGAAGCUCCAGCGAGUGCUGAUGGGCGCGCUGAUUGUCUUGGAUGUCCACGGCAUCUCCGUCCUGGAGCAGAUUGACGCUGCGAAGUGCAGGUCUGUCAAUGACUUCGAUUGGAGCAAGCAGCUUCGAUACUACUGGGCCAUGGAGGAGGCGCAGUUUGCGGAGUCUACGGGCACUAUAGAUAGCAUUCCUUCGUUGGGUUCCCGGUGCAUCCACCUGAGGCACAAGAGUGCUAAUGUGCUUGCCCAAGAGCUUCAAGUGCUGCGAAAGGGCGCUAGGUCAGAUGGGACACGUGCCUCCGAUACGUGCAUCGUCAAACAAACCAUCGCCAACAUUCGGUACUCCUUCGAGUACCUAGGCAACACUCCACGUCUGGUUGUCACGCCCUUGACGGACAAGUGCUACAUGACGCUGACCGGCGCUAUCCACCUCAACUAUGGAGGUGCUCCUGCCGGACCCGCGGGCACGGGGAAGACCGAGACCACCAAGGAUCUGGGCAAAGCUCUGGCGGUUCCCGUUAUCGUGUUCAAUUGCUCCGACGGCUUGGACUACAAGAUCAUGGGCCGCUUCUUCAGUGGCCUGGCCCAGGCCGGCGCCUGGGCCUGCUUUGAUGAGUUCAACCGCAUCCAGGUGGAGGUGUUGAGUGUCAUUGCCCAGCAGAUGCUCACGGUGACCCACGCCAUCAGGGCUCGCAAGGAGACCUUCGAGUUCGUGGGCCGCGAGAUUCCCUUGAACCCGCGCUUCGGAGUUUUCAUCACGAUGAAUCCCGGCUACGCUGGUCGUGCUGAGCUGCCGGAUAACCUGAAGUCCCUCUUCCGCCCUGUGGCCAUGAUGGUCCCUGACUACUGCCUCAUUGCGGAGAUCAUCCUCUACUCUGAGGGCUUCGGAAGCGCCACGGCCCUUGCUCGGAAGAUGGUGAACCUUUACAGCCUCUCCUCGGAGCAGCUCUCCAAGCAGGACCACUAUGACUUCGGCAUGCGAGCUGUUAAGUCGGUCCUGGUCAUGGCCGGCCAGCUCAAACGCAGCUCAGCGAGCAGGGCAAUGCUUCGUGUCCAUCUGGAGACCAUCCCGCUGUGUCCGCAAAACGAGCUUGAUGCCGUCGUUUUCGUGCUCGUUGGUCGUCAAGCAAGGCUUAGCACCUUGGGUCUUCACACUAGCCAUCAUCAUCGACCUCCUGGUUGCAAUCAUCCUUAUCACCUUCCGAAGCCGCGAGUGAGAGAGGUAGGCACAGAAGGCCAACGUCGAACCCGCUUUGCUUCGGGAACCCUUCCACAGAAAACGCUAAUUGCCGACGCUUUCAUCAGCUGA